AUGCAGAUCUUCGUCAAGACUCUGACGGGCAAGACCAUCACCCUCGAGGUUGAGUCCUCGGAUACCAUCGACAACGUCAAGUCGAAGAUUCAGGACAAGGAGGGCAUCCCUCCUGAUCAGCAGCGCCUGAUUUUCGCCGGCAAGCAGCUUGAGGAUGGCCGCACCCUUUCCGAUUACAACAUCCAGAAGGAGUCCACCCUCCAUCUCGUCCUCCGCCUCCGUGGUGGCAUGCAGAUUUUCGUCAAGACCCUGACUGGUAAGACCAUCACCCUCGAGGUGGAGUCUUCCGACACGAUCGACAACGUCAAGUCGAAGAUCCAGGACAAGGAGGGCAUCCCCCCGGACCAGCAGCGUCUGAUCUUUGCUGGCAAGCAGCUUGAGGAUGGCCGAACCCUCGCCGACUACAACAUUCAGAAGGAGUCCACCCUCCACCUCGUUCUCCGCCUUCGUGGUGGUAUGCAAAUCUUUGUCAAGACUCUCACUGGAAAGACCAUCACCCUUGAGGUGGAAUCGUCCGACACCAUCGAUAACGUGAAGUCGAAGAUUCAGGAUAAGGAAGGAAUUCCUCCUGACCAACAGCGACUUAUCUUCGCUGGCAAGCAACUCGAGGACGGCCGAACUCUCAGCGACUACAACAUUCAGAAGGAAUCCACUCUGCACCUGGUUCUUCGUCUGCGUGGUGGUAUGCAGAUCUUUGUUAAGACUCUCACCGGAAAGACCAUCACCCUGGAGGUCGAGUCCAGCGAUACCAUUGACAAUGUGAAGUCCAAGAUUCAGGACAAGGAGGGUAUCCCCCCCGACCAGCAGCGACUUAUCUUCGCUGGUAAGCAGCUGGAAGACGGUCGCACCCUCUCUGACUACAACAUUCAGAAGGAAUCGACCCUUCACCUUGUGCUCCGUCUCCGUGGCGGUCAGUAA